UUUAAAUAUUGAGAGUAUACAAUUUAAUAAGUGAGCAUCAGUAAAACUUGAAGGAAGUAUUUGGUUAUUAUUGUUUUUAUUUGGCAGGGGAUUGUUUAGACUGAAGAUUUUUUGACACAAUGAGUGGAACUACCUGGUGCUGAACUUAUUGCAUUCAGUGGUUGGCUAUAACAAGAUAUAAGGAGUAUAGUGAUGGCACUUGUCGGUUUCCGGUCACAGAUGUUAUGGGAGAACAUCAGAAAAGGAGAUCUCUCAGCGGUUGUCAAUCUCUUAGAGAACGGAACUAUCAACUUGGAGGAGAGGGAUGAGAAUGGACAGACAUUUUUGAUGGUAGCAUGCCAACAAGGGGAGAUAAGUCUAGCUAGAGAGUUACUGGAUGCUGGCAUUGAUCCUAAUGCCACAGAUAAUGACAACUGGACAUCCCUGCUGUAUGCUGCUAAGGAUGGUUACCUGGAGGUCUGUAUAGAACUGCUGGAGAGAGAUGCUGAUAUAGAACACAGAGAUCUGUGUAACUGGACAGCUUUAAUGUGGGCAGCAUACAAGGGAAGAAAUGAGGUGGUGCAAGAAUUGCUUGACAGAGAUGCUGACCCAAAUAUUAAGGCAGAGCAAAACAUGUCCUGUUUAGGCUGGGCAGCUGGGAGAGGUCACUUAGGUGUGGUGAAAGCACUGCUUGAAAAAGGAGCUAGGGUGAAUAGCACCGACAAGUAUGGUACUACACCACUGAUAUGGGCAUGUAGGAAGGGUCAUGCAGAGAUAGUAUCAGAACUGCUACACCAUGGUGCUCUAGUAGACAACACAGGAAUGGACUCCCUAACUGCAUUGCUUGUGGCUACUAAAGGAGGCUAUACCGAGGUUGUUCAGGCUCUGGUAGAACAUGACCCCAAUGUUAAUGCAGUUGACAAGGAUGGUUUCACAGCUCUAACUAUAGCUGCAAAGGAAGGCUAUGAAGACAUUGUACAAGAACUGCUGCCUAAAGAUGCUUAUGUCAACAUAGCUGAUAGAGUUGGGGACACUAUAUUGAUACACGCUGUGAAGGGGGGCUAUACUGGUAUAGUUAGAGCUCUACUCAACAGAUAUGCUGAUGUAGAUGUAGAAGGCAAUGAGAGGAAGACAGCACUGUAUUGGGCAGUAGAAAAGGGUCAUGCAGACAUUGUCAAACUGCUGCUGGAAAAUGAUGCAGAUAUGGAAAUAUCUACAAAAGAUGGUGACACACCCCUGAUGAGAGCUGUCCGUAACAGGAAUGAGCUGAUAGUAAGGAUACUGCUAGACAAAGGAGCAAAAGUUGCCGUGUAUGAUAAGAAAGGUGAUACAGCCCUGCAUAUAUCAUUGCGAGCAAGAAGUAAGCGUAUAACAGAGUUGUUGUUGAGAAAUCCACGUAACAGUCGAUUGUUGUACAGACCAAACAAGGCUGGAGAAACACCAUACAGCAUUGAUGCUUAUCAUCAGAAGGGCAUCCUAACACAGAUACACGGACAUCGACAACUAAAUGCGAGUGAUGGAGAGAACUUAUUAGGAUAUGAAAUCUAUAGCAGUUCCUUGGCUGAUAUAUUGAGUGAACCAUCACUGAACACUCCUAUCACUGUAGGACUGUAUGCCAAGUGGGGCAGUGGAAAAUCUUUCCUGAUUGACAAACUGAAAAGCGAGAUGAAGUCAUUUACCAAGGCCAAUGAUGACAAUCAGCUGACCUUCACCUUGAGUUUGUUUAUAUUUCUCUUCAUUGUGAACAGUAUCAUAGGUUCAGUCCUUGCACUGUCCUUGGAGGACUGGAGAGUCGGACUCGGAGUUGGUCUAGGUCUCUUUGUUUGGGAAUAUGGAUUUCUAGGUAUAAUUUGGAUAUGUUCAACACGAUACAAUGUACACUUCGCUCGAAGAAUAAGUUUGGCUAUAGGGAAACGCUUACAGAUUCUUACAUUACUGCUGCAGAUUUUGUUUUGUAAUCCAGUCAGUAGGUCCAGCUCCAAUACAGAUGUUCCACUCGUCAAGUUUUUGUUUUCUGAGAGUACAAAGUUAACAAGUGUUGGUGGGGAGAAAGCCCUAGCGGCAAUGAUAGCUGGACUAAGUGAGUCUGUAGAGAAAGAGUUUGGAAUGAUCUCUGCUAGACUGUUUGGAGUCUUAAAACAUGUUUCAGAUAAGAAUUACAUUGGACGUUUCAAGACUGUUUGCUGUAUUCCAAUAUUUGUGAUUGUUGGGUUUGUCCUACUAUGUCUAAUUGUAGGCAUAUCAUUGUUAGUGACUUGUCAAUUUGAAGAUCGUACUGUUAACGGUCUGAUGAUUGCACUUGCUGCAGUUGUUGGUUUAUCGUUGCUUAGCAACAUCCAUAAUAUAGGUAGAGCUUUCCUAUCAAUGUGCAUUCCACAGAGACGUAGAAUAAUGAAAGCGGCUGAGCGUGUACAUCAUAUAAAAAUAGACGGAUUUAUGCAGAUAUUGAAAUAUGAAGUGGGCUUGAUGAACAGACUUGUAAUGUCCAUAGAUAAAUUUACCAAGAACACGACACGUUUAGUGGUAAUAGUGGAUGGGUUAGACAGCUGUGAACAGGAAAAAGUUCUCCAAGUUUUGGACAUCAUUCAUUCACUGUUUAAUGUAGAAAAUUCCUCAUUUGUUGUGAUUCUUGCUGUAGAUCCACAAAUCAUCAUAAAAGGCAUAGACCAGAACUUGAAGUCUGUUUUUCAUGAUACAGCAGUGAAUGGAUUUGAUUAUUUACGUAAUAUAGUUCACCUACCAUUUUACUUACAAAGUCAGGGAUUACAAGCUAAAAAACAGCGGUUAACGAAGAGCGUAUCUACAUACGAUGUGAAUCAUGAGUCGCCGACACACAACCAUAAAGCUUACAGGGGUGAAACAAAGACACGUAAGGACUCGACUGUGUCCGGGUUCUCAUUGUGUGAAGCAGUCUACCAGCACCAAGAUUCCACAGUAUCACAGAUCUCUGGUUUCUCAGUAGUAGAUCCAAGCAUCAAGAAGGGUCGGGCAAAACCUCGUACUGACAGUUUGUCACAAGUAACACACUCCAACUUCGAUAUCUCCCAUACUCUCACAAAGAACGACUAUUUCAGUGAUAUCAACCCUAAAAGUAUGAGACGAUUGAUGAAUAUUGUAGCAGUUACAGGACGUUUGUUGAGAGCGUAUAACAUAGAUUUCAACUGGUAUCGUUUAGCAGCAUGGGUAAACCUGGUGGAGCAAUGGCCAUAUCGACUUUCCUGGUGUAUUCUCUACUUUGAAGAACAUGAUGACCUCAGUGAUGAUGUCACAUUGAAGUUUAUCUAUGACAAAAUUGUAGGUCAGAUGCCGAGUUCAAGUGAAGUAGAGCCAUUGUUGGAGAUAGACAGGAAUGUUCGCAAACUACACGUGUUCCUCAGUAGCAAAUCCAGCAGUUCACCAAUGCUCAGUAUUUCUGAUCUCAAAAAAUUCUUGCCAUGUACAAUAAAUCUCGACCCUUACCUGAGGAAACUUAUCAGAAACCUGCAGCAACAGAUGACUCAGCCAGAGUUGCCCAUGAACUUGUAUAAUUCACCACCAAAUCUUGGUGCUACCAAGUCAAGCCAGGAACCAGCUGCUCAACUGAGAACCACACUGCAUAGAACUCCACUAGGGAAACAGCCAUUGGGAACUAUGCAUCCUAGUCACAUGAUGCCAUAUGGACCAAUGAUGUAUCCCCACAUGAUGGGCAUGCAGAAUCCAUACAUGAUGGGAAUGGGGGUGGUAGGAGCAGGUCCAGGGACUGUUGAAGAUGUAGCAGUUUCUUCCAAGAAGCCGAUCAAUCCUGGGCAAUAUAUAACAGGAUACAAAGGUGAAAUUCUGAGUGAACUGAGUACCAAUGAAGUAUCCACACUACUUGCACGUAUUGCUGGAAUAAAUCUUCAGCAAUUGCCAAAAUAUCAAGAUGCUGUGAUAGACAACAACAUAAAUGGUAUGGUGCUAUCUCAGUGUGAGCUUGAUGACCUGGGCAAAUGUUUGCAGAUGAAAUUUGGUGAUUGGCAGUUGUUCCUUACGGCAGUGAAAGCUUUGCGAGAGGCUGAAACUGAUCCACCUGAACAACCACAAAAGGAAGAAACUGAUAUUUCUGCAUCCGCAGUUAAACGAAACAAGUCUGGCAGUGGUGCAGAAAACAACAGUAGAACUAUACAUUUCUCUAGCACAGAUGAUGUAGUCAGCCCUCCUCAGAGAAAAAACAGCUUGGAGCAAGUGAAAUCAAGAGGAACAUUUAGACGCCAGUCAACUGUAGACACUGAUAAGGGAACAGAUUCCAAUCCAGCGUUUGAUAUGAUUGAGGAAGAGAUUGAUGAUGAUGAGGAAGUUAAACUGCCACCAAGUAGGUCAGCUGGUUCCAUGAAGAGGAAUGAUAGCGUUGUGGCGCAGAUGAUGUACGAGUCCAACCUGUUACACGAGUUUGUACACAAUUUUACAGAAAACGUUUCUGGAGAAGAUGAUAAUAACGAAGACAGUGCUGAAGAAAUGCUUCCAAAUGGAGAUAUAAUACAAGCUAUAAAGGCUGACAGUGACGUAGUUCAAACAUCUUCUGUAGAGUUUAGUUUAUUAAUGGAUCAUCAGCAUGAAGACGAGAACCAGUCACUCGGUUCAACUAUUCAUGAAUCAGAAAAUGAACCACUUCUGGCUCAUGUCAAGAGUUUUAAGAAGUCAACCAGUCUAGGUGGUCCAGUGCCUACUCUAAGACUACCUGAAUUUAAAACAGCCACGUUUGAUGGAAAAUCCAUAAGAAAAAAUGUCUAUUCUGAGCCGGAUCUCCUACACCCAGAGAAACAUGAGACCACGUUAUAUGAGGAGAAUCAGCCUUUACUUGCAACCUCGAAAUCAGUGUCAGUCACCUCCUCGGGAUUUGCUGAUACUGGUUUGUAUGCUCAGGGGUCAGUAAAAUCUAAUGAAAGUAUAAACUGUGUCUCUGUUGUAGAUGAGACUUCACCAAGACAAGACAACACGAGGGCAACCAGUAUAGAGGAAAGUAUACAAAUGUAUACAAUGCAAAAUGUAGGAACCAGUCAGAGGACUGGAGAUGCAGAAAGUCAGACUGGUACAGAGGUUCAAUUAAUAACCCAGAAAAAUAGAAAGGAAGAAAGAAAGUCUCCUGUGGAUUUUGUUUAAGGAUAUGCUCUCUGUCUAUAUUGUGUUUGUUUCAUACCACACAUUUAAUUAUAUGACUUUAUGAUUUGAUUUUAGUCUUACAGAGUUUUUUUUUUUUUAUUUUAUGAAAAUAUUUUUAUUAGAGAUUUAUAUUUUAACUUUUUUGUUUACUAUUAUAAUUUUUGAGAAAUGAUGUAAGUGAUAGGUGCAGAUUGAUUGUAGAGUGUAAGUUUAGUUAAUCUAUUCAGAGAAUAAGAAGGGCUAUUUUAUCAUUUCCCUGGCAUCACCAGCAUCAUCACCAUUGUCAUUGCAAUCGGGUAAAUGUUUUAUGACAAGCUUCUUAAUUUCACUACUACCCCUAUUAUCAUCAAACUUUACUCAAGGGUUGGUCUUGGGAAAGGGCAGACAUCUCAUAGUUUAGGGUCCAGUAUCCUAAAGGUCAAGGUCAUUAGGGUCAAAUAGUGCUCUUUAAAGAUUUAUGACAAUCUUCUUCAUUUCUCUAUAUCCUUAACUACUGCCUGAUAAUUAUCAAACCUCACAUAAGGAUUAACCUCAGUAUGUAUCAGAUAUCUUUUGGUUUAGGGUUAGAUAAUACAUUUU